CCCAAACACUGGUUUUGGGUUGUUGUUGGCUGUGGCUGUGUGGAUUCAGGUAUUUCUGUAAAACAAAGCACGGAUAGUGUCCAGGUGAUGAAUAUCAGUGAGCAGAUGUGUAGCAGAGCAGACCAGAGUGUGUGUGGAGACGAGGAGGCAGCAGGAAGGAACGUGUCAGAUGGCGUAGUACAAGACUAUAUACUCGAACCAGUGAUCCAUCGUCCAGACCAGAUCGUUCCUGCUCCUGUUGAAGUUCUACCAACCCCUCCUUUACCCAAGAUGACUCCUGAGGCUUCCGGGGGUUCGAAAUCUCCAGUACCGAGUACUACGGUUCCUGAGGCAGAACCAUUGGUUUCAACUGACUCCACUCUUGACACUACACCCGUGCUGAGACGUUCCAGUCGUAUACGUCGUGCUCCUGAUCGUCUUCGAUAUGAAUGAUAAUGAAUGAUAGUGCUUUGUCAUAUGGGUUUACUGUUAGGGCUUGUAUUGUUAUUGCAAUAGGUUACGGAUUUAAAGGGGAAGGAGUAUGUAGUAUAACUAUAUAAUCUGCUUUUGUGAUGCCUGAAUUUCAGGUAAUUGUAUUGUUUGAAACAUUGCUUUAUUUGACUCAAGGAUUCGAUUCUCUGUAUUAUGGGGGUUUGCUUAAUUGAUUUGGUGAACCCUGUGGUUUCUGUGGGCAGUCAAAGGCAAGCUACCGUCCUGACCACACUAAAACUGGCAACCGCUGUUACGGCUCUCCCUCUUCUCUGGGGCCCCUACUACAACAAUUAUUUAUUUAUUAUUUCUUCUUUUAUUGCUGGAAAUAUAGUUUUGUUUUGUUUUUUACCCUUUUUUUUGUGUGUCGGCAAU